CUGGCACCUAAAUCAGACGGAUGUUUGGCACCGUGUCAGCUACAAUUGCUCAUACGGAGUUGGCUAGCGUGUUCGAUGCUGUCUGUCCAUUGGCUGCAUGGGCUAGUGCAUGGCCACCCUGCACACCAGGCUCGUCAUCCCAUCCUAUCAGACGAGUGCAGGCUACCCCCAGGGUUGGAGGUACCUACAUAUAGCUUCCCAGACCCACAACCCACCGGGCAAUCACGCAAGCGAGAGUUCCGAGUCAGAGAACCAAGCCGUGCGUGGUCCUGUAAACACCGUGCACGCGUGCCAGCUACCAAUUCUCGAAACGAAUCAAUUAUACUACCGCGCCAGAUCGGUGUGCCCUUUAUGAGCGGGUACAGCGCUGCUCCGCAGCACAAUCACCUUUCUGCGCCGCAAUCCACGCUUGCCCCGACCCCAAACCAACACGACACGGUCGGCCCAGCCAGCCUAAGCGCCAUCGCUGGCUCAUACCAACCGGACAGCUCCGUCUUGGGCUACCUCCACCUGAACGGUGAUGAGGGUGCGCAACAACAGGGACCACAACAGCAGAGCGUACCUAUCAACCAUCACAACUUGCCACAGACAGCUGUGCAGAUCACGGCAUCAGCGAUUCCCUCAUACAAUUUCCCAGCGUCGGCGGGUCCCGAGGCGAAUUCAGUAUCGAUGCAACAACCGCAAGCUGCUUACUCUUCAAUGACUCAACAGUCGUCCGCGCCUCCUGCGCCACCUGUGCAGCCUACACUGCCCGCGCCGCCGGGCAACCUUGGUGUCCCUGGUAGCACCACCAAUCCCGGCAGCGACCCUGGUGGCUUAGCGCCACCUCCGGAGUUGGUCUACCGCACGUUUGACGAACUGCUAGCAGCGGUACAGCGCUUCACCGACCAGCAGGGCUAUGGCGUGGUUAAGCUGCGAGCAAGCAACUAUCGCGAAGGCAAACCAACGCGCUAUGAUUUGGUCGACUGUCCGUGGCGCGCAAAAGCCGUGUGCGAAGUGCAACUGAACCAUCAGUGGCGCUUCUCCGUUCAAGAGUCACGGCACAACCAUGAGGCACGCGUUCCUGCCGCCCCCCCGGGGCAGGAGAACACGCCCGUCGCCCAGAGCCUACGGAGCAUGCUGAACAAGAUCGACCGCCUAUCGCACGACAUGAUGGACAACUUCAACCAGUUGAGGGGGGCGUUGUCCAACGUGGAGAAGCGGCUCGAGGCCCUGGAAAGAGAACGCCCACCAAUGCUCAGCGGCAAUGGCGUGCCGCAGAUGGGCGCACCCAGUAUGCCACCCGCUAACAUGGGCGGCAGCGGCAUCGGGAACGGCGCACUGACCAACGGAGGCAUGCAAUCCCUCGUCGAUAGCCGAAUGGGCGGCGUGGAGAGCGGGCUUAGUCAGAUGGGGAGCCGCGGGUUGGAAGGCUUGCCGAUGAUGGUUAACGACCAAUAGUGAGGUUUCAUCCAAUACGUACUGGAGGGCCGACACGAGCAGGCACUGGUUUCGAACUCGCUACACGAUCAGCAAGUACGCACGUUUGCAGCAUUUGGCGGCCUGCCAGGACCAACAGAAGGGCAAGAGAACGAAAGCUCCG